AUAAUCUCAUCCAACGAAUGAGUUCACACAUUUGGGAUGGCUCAACUCAAAACGUUGAGCCAGGUAGUGUUUUGACACGCGUCAUGAUCUGGUGAUUCUCUCUUUCAAGCUGAGAAACCUGAGCCGUCAGAUCAUCUAAAUGUUUUUGUUUCUCCAUCUCUUGAGAUUUAGGAGGCAUGGCUAAGUGCCACACUUCUGUUUCAGUCCAAAUUUGGAUCCUUGAGUUUUGCUCCAAAAGAGAAUUAUGAAAAAAUCCUAUGACACAAUUCUCUCUCUCUUGGAAAAAUGCAAAACCAUGGCUGAGUUGAAACAGCUACAUGGGGUGAUGAUAACUACAUCAGUUAUCAAAAACAUCAUUCCAUUGAGUAGGAUUAUGGACUUUUGUGUUUCCCCCGAAACUGGAGAUGUCCACUAUGCAAGGUCAGUGUUUAAUCAAAUUGCUCAGCCUAAUAACUACAUUUGUAACUCAAUGAUUAGAGGUUAUUCUUUUAGUGACACUCCAAUUGAGGGUUUGAUCAUGUACAAACGUAUGCUGCAAAUGGGCAUUUCGCCAGACAAUUUUACAUUCCCAUUUGUGUUGAAAGUUUGCUCAGUAAUUGGACAUCAUUGUUAUGGAAGAUCUGUUCACAAUCGCAUUGUGAAAACCGGGUUUGAGUUAGAUGUUUAUGCUUCUACUGCUUUACUCCAUAUGUAUGCUUGUUGUUCUGACAUGGAAGCUGGUUUGAAAGCCUUUGAUAUGGUGCCUAAGUGGAAUGUGGUGGCCUGGACCAGUUUGAUUUCCGGGUUAGUAAACAACAAUCGAUUUGGUGAGGCUAUAAAGGCUUUUAGAGAUAUGGAAGAUAGAGAUGUAAAGCCAAAUGAGAUUACAUUGGUGAAUGUUUUGGUUGCUUGUGCUCGAAGUAAGGAUCUAGAGAAUGGUAAAUGGGUUCACAAUCGCAUUCGCCAUCUGGGUUAUGAUCCUUUCAUGUCAAAUCAAAAUUUCAAUGUGAUUCUAGCAACUGCCAUAGUAGAUAUGUAUGCAAAAUGUGGGAACUUGAAAACAGCAAAGGACUUGUUCAACAAAAUGCCUCAAAAGAACUCGGUUGCUUGGAAUUCCAUGAUUGCUGCAUAUAAUCAGUACGGCCAAGCUAAGGAUAGCCUUGAUCUUUUCUUGAGUAUGCAAAUUGCUGAGCUUGUUCUUCCUGACCAAGCUACCUUUCUGGGUGUCCUUAGUGCAUGUGCUCAUUUGGGGGGUUUGAUUUUGGGACAAUGUCUUCAUGCUUACAUAUCAAAAACCAAAUGGAUCAAUGACCUCGCUGUUGGGACUGCUUUUGUAGACAUGUAUGCGAAAGUUGGAGAUCCCAACAGUGCUUGGAAGAUUUUCGACAAUUUGCAAAAGAAGGAUGUGAAGGCAUGGACUAGUAUGAUCUUAGGCUUUGCCAUUCAUGGAAAGGGCAUUGAAGCUCUUAAAACUUUCGAAACUAUGCAAGAAGAUGGUAAUAAUGUAGUUCCCGACGAGAUAACUUAUAUCGGUGUUUUGUUUGCUUGCAGCCAUGUAGGUCUAGCCGACGAAGGCCAGAGACAUUUUAACGAAAUGAGGAGUGUUCAUGGCAUUGUUCCAACUCUCGAGCACUACGGUUGCUUGGUUGAUCUUUUGAGCAGAGCUGGGCGUUUGAAAGAGGCAAUGAGUCUAGUUGAGGAAAUGCCACUACAACCAAACAUUAACAUUUGGGGUGCUAUUUUGAAUGGUUGUGAGAUAUAUGAAAAUGUUGAUUUAGCUGAUAAAGUAAGAAAUCAGAUAACAAAGUUGGAACCUCAAGCUCAAGUUAGUAGUGGGGUUUAUGUGCUUCUUUCAAAUAUAUAUGCCAAGGCUGGUAAAUGGCAAGAAGUGAAUAUGGCAAGAGAGUUGAUGCAGCAAAACACCAUUAACAAAACUAUUGGUCAGAGUUCAGUUGAGAUGAAUUUGCUAAUGAAUUUUGGUAAGAAGGCCAAAAAUUUGUCAUCGGAUUGACAGGGAGAAAUAAACACUUUCAUCAUAUUGUGCUCUCGAAAGGACAACUCUUCUCAAAAUCUCAAAAAGUGCUGAGUUGGAAUUUCAUUUUAAGUAAGAAUUAUUGUUGUUUCCGAUCCAACUACUGUCUAUGUAUGAUUAAUUUAGAUCUGACCAAUUAUCCAUCCUACCUUUACCUUCUUGACAUUCAAUUUUUGUCUUUCGAUCCUCUUUCCUAUUACUUGAAAAAUAUGAGUCGC